AUGACAGAACAAGUCAUUUCUCGAAAGGCCAUCUCAUUCGUCAUCGGCGUCGUAGGCAUCAUCAGAGUCCGUUUUAUAUUCUUGAGCAGCAUCCGUCUGAUCCAUGGGUUCUUCAUCCACGAUUUCACGGGUAUCCAUGGGUUCUUCAUCCACGAUUUCACGGGUAUCCAUGGGUUCUUCAUCCACGAUUUCACCGGGUUCACGAGCAGCGUCCAAUACUCAAUAUGGCCAAGAAUCAAGGGAAUCCCUAUGACUGGCUAUCAACGUUACAGACGAUAUAUUACAACACCCCCUCAGCCAAGUGUGACAGAAGGCAUUGCACCUACUGGUGGGAUGGAAGGCAGUGCAGCCAUUGGUGGGAUGGUGAAAGGCAGUGCAGGCAUUGGUGGGAAUACAGCAGGCAGUGGAGGCUUUGGUGGGAUGGUGAAAGGCAGUGCACAUUGGUGGCAUGACGGCAGGCAGUGGAGGCUUUGGUGGGACAGGCAGUGCAGGCUUUGGGAUGGUGAAGGUGCACCUAUUGAUGGGAUAAUGGCAGGCAGUGGAGGCUUUGGUGGGACGGUGAAAGGUAGUGCAGACAUUGGUGGGAUGACGGAAGGCAAAGGAGGCUUCGGUGGGAUGGUGAAAGGCAGUGCAGGCAUUGGUGGGAUGGUGAAAGGUAUUGCACCUAUUGAUGGGAUAAUGACAGGCAGUGGAGGCUUUAGUGGGAUGGUAAAAGGCAGUGCAGGCAUUGGUGGGAUGACGACAGGCAGUGGAGGCUUUGGGGGGAUGGUGAAAGGCAGUGCAGGCAUUGGUGGGAUGACGGAAGGCAGUGGAGGCUUUGGUGGGAUGGUGAAAGGCAGUGCAGGCAUUGGUGGAAUGAUGGAAGGCAGUGGAGGCUUUGCUGGGAUGGUGAAAGGCAGUGCAGACAUUGGUGGUAUGAUGAAAGGCAAAGGAGGCUUUGGUGGGAUGGUGAAAGGCAGUGCAGGCAUUGGUGGGAUGGUGAAAGGCAUUGCACCUAUUGAUGGGAUAAUGGCAGGCAGUGGAGGCUUUGGUGGGAUGGUGAAAGGCAGUGCAGGCAUUGGUGGAAUGACGGAAGGCACAGGAGGCUUUGGUGGGAUGGUGAAAGGCAGUGCAGGCAUUGGUGGGAUGACGACAGGCAGUGGAGACUUUGGUGGGAUGGUGAAAGGCAGUGCAGGCAUUGGUGGGAUGACGACAGGCAAAGGAGGCUUCGGUGGGAUGGUGAAAGGCAGUGCAGGCAUUGGUGGGAUGGUCAAAGGCAUUGCACCUAUUGAUGGGAUAAUGGCAGGCAGUGGAGGCUUUGGUGGGAUGGUGAAAGGCAGUGCAGGCAUUGGUGGAAUGAUGGAAGGCAGUAGAGGCUUUGGUGGGAUGGUGAAAGGCAGUGCAGGCAUUGGUGGAAUGAUGGAAGGCAGUGGAGGCUUUGGUGGGAUGGUGAAAGGCAGUGCAGGCAUUGGUGGGAUGGUCAAAGGUAUUGCACCUAUUGAUGGGAUAAUGGCAGGCAGUGGAGGCUUUGGUGGGAUGGUGAAAGGCAGUGCAGGCAUUGGUGGAAUGAUGGAAGGCAGUGGAGGCUUUGGUGGGAUGGUGAAAGGCAGUGCAGGCAUUGGUGGAAUGAUGGAAGGCAGUGGAGGCUUUGGUGGGAUGGUGAAAGGCAGUGCAGGCAUUGGUGGGAUGACAACAGGCAAAGGAGGCUUUGGUGGGAUGGUGAAAGGCAGUGCAGGCAUUGGUGGGAUGGUCAAAGGCACUGCACCUAUUGAUGGGAUAAUGGCAGGCAGUGCAGGCUUUGGUGGGAUGGUGAAAGGCAGUGCAGGCAUUGGUGGGAUGACGACAGGCAAAGGAGGCUUUGGUGGGAUGGUGAAAGGCAGUGCAGGCAUUGGUGGGAUGGUCAAAGGCACUGCACCUAUUGAUGGGAUAAUGGCAGGCAGUGGAGGCUUUGGUGGGAUGGUGAAAGGCAGUGCAGGCAUUGGUGGAAUGAUGGAAGGCAGUGGAGCCUUUGGUGGGAUGGUGAAAGGCAGUGCAGGCAUUGGUGGAAUGAUGGAAGGCAGUGGAGGCUUUGGUGGGAUGGUGAAAGGCAGUGCAGGCAUUGGUGGGAUGACGACAGGCAAAGGAGGCUUUGGUGGGAUGGUGAAAGGCAGUGCAGGCAUUGGUGGGAUGGUCAAAGGCACUGCACCUAUUGAUGGGAUAAUGGCAGGCAGUGCAGGCUUUGGUGGGAUGGUGAAAGGCAGUGCAGGCAUUGGUGGGAUGACGACAGGCAAAGGAGGUUUUGGUGGGAUGGUGAAAGGCAGUGCAGGCAUUGGUGGGAUGGUCAAAGGCACUGCACCUAUUGAUGGGAUAAUGGCAGGCAGUGGAGGCUUUAGUGGGAUGGUAAAAGGCAGUGCAGGCAUUGGUGGAAUGAUGGAAGGCAGUGGAGGCUUUGGUGGGAUGGUGAAAGGCAGUGCAGGCAUUGGUGGAAUGAUGGAAGGCAGUGGAAGCUUUGGUGGGAUGGUGAAAGGCAGUGCAGGCAUUGGUGGGAUGACGACAGGCAAAGGAGGCUUUGGUGGGAUGGUGAAAGGCAGUGCAGGCAUUGGUGGGAUGGUCAAAGGCACUGCACCUAUUGAUGGGAUAAUGGCAGGCAGUGCAGGCUUUGGUGGGAUGGUGAAAGGCAGUGCAGGCAUUGGUGGGAUGACGACAGGCAAAGGAGGCUUUGGUGGGAUGGUGAAAGGCAGUGCAGGCAUUGGUGGGAUGGUCAAAGGCACUGCACCUAUUGAUGGGAUAAUGGCAGGCAGUGGAGGCUUUGGUGGGAUGGUGAAAGGCAGUGCAGGCAUUGGUGGAAUGAUGGAAGGCAGUGGAGCCUUUGGUGGGAUGGUGAAAGGCAGUGCAGGCAUUGGUGGAAUGAUGGAAGGCAGUGGAGGCUUUGGUGGGAUGGUGAAAGGCAGUGCAGGCAUUGGUGGGAUGACGACAGGCAAAGGAGGCUUUGGUGGGAUGGUGAAAGGCAGUGCAGGCAUUGGUGGGAUGGUCAAAGGCACUGCACCUAUUGAUGGGAUAAUGGCAGGCAGUGCAGGCUUUGGUGGGAUGGUGAAAGGCAGUGCAGGCAUUGGUGGGAUGACGACAGGCAAAGGAGGUUUUGGUGGGAUGGUGAAAGGCAGUGCAGGCAUUGGUGGGAUGGUCAAAGGCACUGCACCUAUUGAUGGGAUAAUGGCAGGCAGUGGAGGCUUUAGUGGGAUGGUGAAAGGCAGUGCAGGCAUUGGUGGAAUGAUGGAAGGCAGUGGAGGCUUUGGUGGGAUGGUGAAAGGCAGUGCAGGCAUUGGUGGAAUGAUGGAAGGCAGUGGAAGCUUUGGUGGGAUGGUGAAAGGCAGUGCAGGCAUUGGUGGGAUGACGACAGGCAAAGGAGGCUUUGGUGGGAUGGUGAAAGGCAGUGCAGGCAUUGGUGGGAUGGUCAAAGGCACUGCACCUAUUGAUGGGAUAAUGGCAGGCAGUGCAGGCUUUGGUGGGAUGGUGAAAGGCAGUGCAGGCAUUGGUGGGAUGACGACAGGCAAAGGAGGCUUUGGUGGGAUGGUGAAAGGCAGUGCAGGCAUUGGUGGGAUGGUCAAAGGCACUGCACCUAUUGAUGGGAUAAUGGCAGGCAGUGCAGGCUUCGGUGGAACGGUGAAAGGCAGUGCAGACAUUGGUGGGAUGGUGAAAGGCAGUGCAGACAUUGAUAGGAUGACGACAGGCAGUGCAGACAUUGGUGGGAUGACGACAGACAGUGCACCUAUGUGA